AGGAUCAAAAGAUUUGCUGAACAACAGACUCAGAGAUCGGUAAAAAUAAGCUCCUACCCGAACCUCACUGACUGGGCUGCCAGUUGCUGGAUCUGUGUUCAAGAUGAGUGGCUUAGGUGAAAGCUCCUUGGAUCCACUGGCCACUGAGUCUCGAAAACGCAAAUUGCCUUGUGAUGCUCCAGGACAGGGUCUUGCCUACAGUGGUGAAAAGUGGAGACGGGAGCAGGAGAGCAAAUACAUAGAAGAACUGGCUGAGCUGAUAUCUGCAAAUCUUAGUGAUAUUGACAAUUUCAACGUCAAGCCAGAUAAAUGUGCGAUUUUAAAGGAAACAGUGAGACAGAUACGUCAGAUAAAAGAGCAAGGAAAAACUAUUUCCAGUGAUGAUGAUGUUCAGAAAGCUGAUGUGUCUUCUACAGGACAGGCGGUCAUUGAUAAAGACUCCUUAGGACCACUUUUACUACAGGCAUUGGAUGGUUUUCUGUUUGUGGUCAAUCGAGAUGGCAACAUUGUAUUUGUGUCAGAAAAUGUCACACAGUAUCUUCAGUACAAGCAGGAGGACCUGGUUAAUACGAGUGUCUACAGCAUCUUACAUGAGCAGGACCGGAAGGACUUCCUUAAACACUUACCCAAAUCUACAGUUAAUGGAGUUUCUUGGAAUAACGAGACCCAGAGACAAAAAAGCCAUACAUUUAACUGUCGUAUGUUGAUGAAAACACACGAUAUUUUGGAAGACAUGAAUGCCAGUCCUGAAACUCGCCAGAGAUAUGAGACAAUGCAGUGCUUCGCCCUGUCUCAGCCUCGAGCUAUGCUGGAAGAAGGGGAAGACUUGCAGUGCUGUAUGAUCUGCGUGGCACGCCGAGUGACUACGGGGGAAAGGACAUUCCCAUCAAGUCCUGAGAGCUUUAUCACCAGGCAUGACCUUUCAGGAAAGGUUGUCAAUAUAGAUACAAACUCACUUAGAUCUUCCAUGAGACCUGGCUUUGAAGAUACCAUCCGAAGGUGUAUCCAGAGAUUCUUCAGUCAGAAUGAUGGGCAUUCAUGGUCCCAGAAGCGUCACUAUCAAGAAGCUUAUAUCCAUGGCCACGCAGAAACCCCAGUAUAUCGCUUCUCCUUGGCGGAUGGAACUAUUGUGAGUGCGCAGACAAAAAGCAAGCUUUUCCGAAAUCCUGUAACCAAUGAUCGUCAUGGCUUCGUCUCAACCCACUUUCUCCAGAGAGAACAGAAUGGAUAUAGACCGAAUCCAAAUUCUGUAGGACAAGGCAUCCGGCCUCCUGCAGCAGGGUGCACCAUGAGUGUGUCUCCCAAUCAGAACAUGCAGGCGCUGGGCAGCAGGACCUAUGGUGUGGCAGACCCCAACAAUGCGGGGCAGAUGGGCGGAGCUAGGUAUGGACCUUCCAGCAGCCUAGCCUCGCUGACCCCAGGACAAAGCCUGCAGUCACCAUCUUCCUACCAGAACAGCAGCUAUGGGCUCAACAUGAGCAGCCCCCCUCACGGCAGUCCUGGUCUCGGCCCCAACCAGCAAAACAUCAUGAUUUCUCCUCGUAACCGCGGGAGCCCGAAGGUGGCCUCACAGCAGUUCUCUCCUGUUGCAGGUGUGCACUCUCCCAUGGGAUCUGCUGGCACUACAGGGAGUCACAGCUUUUCCAGCAGCUCCCUCAGUGCCUUGCAAGCCAUCAGUGAGGGUGUGGGAACUUCUCUUUUAUCUACUCUGUCUUCACCAGGCCCCAAAUUGGAUAACUCUCCCAAUAUGAGUGUAAAUCAACCAAGUAAAGUGAGCAGGCAGGAUUCUAAGAGUCCCCUAGGCUUAUACUGUGACCAGAACCCAGUGGAGAGUUCAGUGUGUCAGUCAAAUAACAGGGAGCACCCCAGUGACAAAGAAAGCAAGGAGACCAGUGGGGAGGGGUCGGAGACUCAAAGGGGUCCCAUGGAAAGCAAAGGCCACAAGAAACUGCUGCAGCUACUGACGUGCUCUUCUGAUGACCGAGGCCAUUCCUCCUUGACCAACUCCCCCCUGGAUUCAAAUUGCAAAGACUCUUCCAUUAGUGUCACCAGUCCCUCUGGAGUGUCCUCCUCGACAUCAGGAGCAGUAUCUUCCACCUCCAACGUGCAUGGGUCUCUGUUGCAAGAGAAACACAGGAUUUUGCAUAAGUUGUUGCAGAAUGGCAACUCACCAGCGGAAGUCGCCAAGAUCACUGCAGAAGCCACUGGAAAAGACACUACUAGUAGUACUGCUUCUUGUGGAGAAGGGGCUGUCAGGCAGGAACAGCUGAGUCCCAAGAAGAAGGAAAAUAAUGCCCUUCUCAGAUACCUGUUGGACAGGGAUGACCCCAGUGACUCCCUUGCAAAAGAGCUACAGCCCCAAACGGAUGGGGGUGACAGUAAACUGAGCCAGUGCAGCAGCUCCACAAAUCCCAGCUCCAGCCAAGACAAAGAGUCCAAAAUUAAGACAGAGACGAGUGAGGAGGUAUCUGGAGACUUGGAUAAUCUAGAUGCUAUUCUUGGUGAUUUGACUAGUUCCGAGUUUUACAACAAUCCUGUAUCUACAAAUGGCAGCCAUCCAGGGACCAAGCAGCAGGUGUUUGCAGGACCAAGUUCUCUGGGUUUGCGAAGUCCACAGCCUGUGCAGCCUGUUCGUCCUCCGUAUAACCGCGCUGUGUCUCUAGAUAGCCCUGUUCCCGUUGGCUCAGGUCCUCCAGUGAAGAAUGUCAGUGCUUUUCCCGUGUUACCAAAACAGCCCACACUGACUGGGAAUUCAAGGAUGAUGGAGAGUCAGGAGAAUUACGGUGCCAAUAUGGGAGGACCAAACAGAAAUGUUGCUGUGAAUCAGACUUCUUCCCCAGGAGAGUGGGGCUUAGCUAACUCAAAGGCCAGCAGAAUGGAACCUGUGGGAUCAAGUGCCCUGGGAAGAGCAGGAGACUACAGUGCCGCUUUGCCAAGACCUGCCAUGGGGGGCUCAGUGCCUACCUUGCCUCUUCGUUCUAAUAGAAUGCCAGGUGCAAGACCAACGUUGCAGCAGCAGCAGCAGCAACAACACCAGCAACAAAUGCUUCAAAUGAGAACUGGUGAGAUUCCCAUGGGAAUGGGGGUCAACCCCUAUGGUCAAGCAGCACCAUCUAACCAACCAGGUUCCUGGCCAGAGGGAAUGCUGUCUAUGGAACAGAGUCCUCAUGGGACUCAAAAUAGGCCUCUUCUUAGAAAUUCUCUGGAUGAUCUACUUGGACCGCCUUCUAACCCAGAAGGCCAGAGUGAUGAAAGAGCCCUGCUGGACCAGCUGCACACACUCCUGAGCAACACAGAUGCCACAGGCCUGGAGGAAAUUGACAGGGCCUUGGGCAUCCCUGAGCUUGUGAAUCAGGGGCAAGCUUUGGAGGCCAAACAAGAUAUUUUUCAAGGUCAAGAAGCAGCAGUGAUGAUGGAUCAGAAGGCAGCAUUGUAUGGACAGACGUACCCAGCCCAGGGUCCUCCUAUGCAAGGAGGCUUUAACCUCCAGGGACAGUCACCAUCUUUUAACUCGAUGAUGAAUCAGAUUAGCCAGCAAGGCAGCUUUCCUCUCCAAGGGAUGCACCCCAGAGCCAGCAUCAUGAGACCAAGAACAAAUACCCCCAAGCAGCUGAGAAUGCAGCUUCAGCAGAGGCUGCAGGGCCAGCAGUUUUUGAAUCAGAGCCGGCAGGCACUUGAGAUGAAAAUGGAGAACCCUACUGGUGGUGCUGCUGUGAUGAGGCCCAUGAUGCAGCCCCAGCAGGCUUUCUUUAAUGCUCAGAUGGCUGCCCAACAAAAACGAGAGCUGAUGAACCAUCACCUGCAGCAGCAGAGAAUGGCAAUGAUGAUGUCACAGCCACAGCCUCAGGCCUUCAGCCCACCUCCCAAUGUCACCGCUUCCCCUAGCAUGGAUGGGGUUUUGGCAGGAUCAGCAAUGCCACAAGCCCCCCCGCAGCAGUUUCCAUAUCCAACAAAUUAUGGAAUGGGACAACCACCAGAUCCAGCCUUUGGUCGAGUGUCUAGUCCUCCUAGUGCAGUGAUGUCAUCAAGAAUGGGGCCUUCCCAGAAUGCCAUGGUGCAGCAUCCUCAGACUGCACCCAUGUAUCAGUCCUCAGAGAUGAAGGGGUGGCCAUCAGGGAACCUGGCCAGAAGCAGCUCCUUUCCCCAGCAGCAGUUUGCUCCCCAGGGGACCCCUGCAGCAUACAGCAUGGUGCACAUGAACAACAGUGGUGGUCACCUGGGACAGAUGAACAUGACCCCCAUGCCCAUGUCUGGCAUGCCCAUGGGUCCUGAGCAGAAAUACUGCUGACCUCUCCCUGCUGGCAGCAAUAAGGAAAUCCCUCACUGCACAGGCUCAUCGGGGGUAACGAGUCACUGUCUAGGCGGCCAGCUUGACCACCUAGGUGUUCCGAGUGCUGUCAUUUGAGCAGAACUGGGUCCCAAGCUGAAGCGCACUGUCUACCUGAUGCCCUGCCUCUGUGUGGCAUGGUGUUCUGCCUCAUGGGGAUGUGAUUCUGGAGACAGGAAUUUCAUAAGCACUGCUCUCCUGGGUCACUUCCUCCUGCCUCGCCAGCCAAAGUCUUCACAUAAAUCUAGGUGGUUAGGGUUACUGUCCUGCAGCCCUGGGCGAGGAGCAGUCUGCCUUUAAGUGUUUGUCACCAAGUAGUUCUGUGUCGCUCUUCUGUCCAGUGGAACCGGUGUUCCUGUGCUCUUGUCCUUUACAGGUGGAGUCUUCGUCUUAGGUCCCAGUACCCUGUAAUUCUCAAGGAUUUGUCAUUGCUGUUAAAUGGCUUUGCAGAAGGGAAAAUGAGAUGACAAUAUUUAAUUUUCCCCUGUUAAUGUGCAGCCAAGUGCACUUUACUUAAGAAAUCGCGGAGAAAUGCAAUAUUCCUGAGGGUGUGAGGAAUGGCGAGCCACAUUCCUGGUUUUUGUCUGCACUAAUCUGUUAGGACAAGAACAUGAUUGUUUUUUGUUUGUUUGUUGUUUUCUUUCAAGUACUGGCGUCACCCUUUGCCUAUAUGGUAGAGCAAUAAUGCUUUGAAAUAAACUUGUGAAACCCAAGGCCAGGUACUGCACUCUGAAUCAGAAGCUCGCAGUGUUUCUGUGAAUAGGUUUCCUUUUUGUAAAUAUGAUCUUUUAAGAUAUUGUAUUAUGUAAAAAUAUGUACAUACCUUUUUUUGUAGGUCACAGCAGCUCAUUUUUUACAGAGUUUGUGAAGCUAAAUAUUUAACAUUGUCGAUUUCUGUGAACUCCAUGCAGUGAGGCUACAAGCGAGUAGACAUCCGGAAGGCCACAGCCUGGGGAGGACGGGCGGCCGCAGCUUUCCUGCCUCACCCUAAGAGUGAAGGCCUCACUCUUCAGUCUCCUAAUCCUAAAACUUUUUAAAGUGAUCAUUUGUUUAGAUGUAGACAUUUAAAAUUUUAAAAAUUUCUUUACCAGAGAACUACGCACUUUCUUAAUUUGGGGGAAAGAAUAGAUAUGGGGAAAUGAGCUUUUAAAAAACAACCCAAGAAUUGGAAGAAAAAAAAAGCAAAUUGAAAUUUUUUUUUUGCAUUUUUAAGCUGUCCAUAAAUUAAAUGAUAAUAGUUCCAGACAACUUGAGUAUGCAGCCAUUCAUCUUUUAAGAGUGAUUUUGGUUUCUGGGACCUGAGAUGGUCUGCUCAGCUCUCCCGUUGUUCUGCUCAAUGGGGGGGUCUCUCUCUACCUCUCUGCACCAGGAUGCUGAGUCAGAACCAGGCCCUGCCCGUGCUGUUGAGUCAGAGGGUGGGCCCUGGCCCUCGCUAGCCCUUCCCCGCCACUUCUCUUGCCUCUUCUUGGCACCUGUUGUAGCAGUUUGGAGUAGGGGAAAACCAAAUUUAAUGCCCUUUAUUUGGGUUUGCUUAGGUUCAAACAAUGAAGUGAAAUUCGAUUCCUAGACUAUGUGUGGCUUUCAGACAUCUCUGCCAGCCCUGUGUCAUUUUCUGAGAGCCAGUUACUUUUUAAAAGCUACACAUUUGGCCACUUGUUCUCUGUAUCCCUGAAUAUCACCUCACUCUUCUACCUGUCUCUGGACAAGUGAAGCUUACAUUUCCAGAGCCACCUCAAGGAUGGACUUGGCUUUCCAACAUGUUAGUUAGGUCAUGAUGGGAUUCCCCCUGUGACUGACCUACUGUCCCGGAUUGUAAAUCCGUAAGCUUCCAUUGUGUCUGUGUGCUUCGCGGGUGACUCUCUGAGCUGGGCUGGUGUGGCUGAGACGUCCUUGCUUAGACUGUGUAGCCCACAGUGGUGCUCCUGUCUCUUCUAAAGACAUUUAAGAUCCAACUUUGUGAUUCUUUCCUCAGCACCCAAUGCCAGGUUAACUGGUUGGCACCCCUUUUUUGUAUGGGGAAAAAUGGAAGUUUAUUAUGUUUUUAUAUUUUCUACUUAUUUUUAUUGGUGCAAAUUCAAAAUUCUGAUUUUCUUUUAAUAGUCUUUGGGAUAAUUUGUUUUUACCUGAAUUGCCCUUUUAAUCUUUUUUGGAUCAUUCUCUUUGUACUCCAGUUGCCUACCUCGCCUCCCCCUCCUCCUUGGCCCCUCUUUAAAUCUAGGUGUCUCUUGGGCAAACAGUAUAAGUUACUUUUCCAUCUGCUUUUAUGAUGUGAGACAUUUCCAGUACCUACUAUUUUGCUGAAUCCAAAGAUAUAUAAAUAAAAAUAUAUUUUAUGAAGAUCAAAUGAUAUUAAGGAAACAUGUUUCUUCAAAAAUAAAUGAAGCUGUCCUGUUGGUAUUAGACCGUUUUCUCUCUGAACCAUGCCCGGUCAUAGCCGCCCUACUCCGUUCAUCAGGACUAAAUGCUGAGCGGAGCUGGGGGUGUGUAGCAGUGGGUACUGCAGAAGAUGAUGGCUUCACAGCCUAGACGUUUCUUGAUUCAGAGGCAGAUGCAGCUGGACCAUCGUGAGGGUUGCCAGUUGCCCACAUGCCAAUCCAGGCCCUUUCUAUCUGAGGAGGGAGGUCGUGAAUUGUUCCCAAGUGGGGUGUUAUAGGAGCAAGUCUCUAUCUAGGCUAGCUGCACCUGUGAUCCUGCCAUGAAGCAGCAGGGGGUGUUCCUCUUCCAGUGCGGAUGACUUAAAAAGCAGGGCAUUGUUCUCUUUUGUUCUCGCCUCUCCCUUUUCCUUUCCUUUGAAUAUAUGGAGUUUUGAAGAAGAUGAAAUGUUGUUCCAAGAGCAGUAAAUUCUCAGGAAGUGACACCACUGAGAACAAAUUUGGGUUUAAUCAAGUUUAUGUUGUGUCACCUAAAAGGGAGCCAUUCUUUACCCUGCAAGGAAUCGAAACCACAUGGGUGAAUCAGUUGGAGUGAGCUUUGGAUGCCUUGCUGACUGUCUGGAUGCUCUUGUAAAUAAAGGUUUCUAUUUAAACCUCA